AUGGAUCCUCCCUCGAAAGAUACUUGCUGCUACUGCUUCGGCAGCACAGAUGGAAAGCCGUACCACCACGUCAUGUGGAAGUCAUACAAAAUGUGUGUCCGAUGCAAAACCAACUUGAAAAACUGCUUCUCCUGCGAAAGGAAAAUAAAGGAAAAGACAUCCUCACGAAGUUACGCCCCUUGCUGCCAAUCCACAUACGAUAAUUUAUGUGACAUAUGUUGCGAGCUACCCAUCAUCUGUUGUGAUAAAAAAGUGGGGGAUAUCAUACCUGAAGUUUUGUACCUCCUAGAUUUAUACAUGGGGAUUAGGGUUCCCCCCAAUUUUGUAACCUACCAGAAUAUUUACACCUUUAACAAGGAAAGGUUUAACGACGCGAAUCAUCGCUGCACGUUUGAGUAUGACCACGUUGGGUAUGCGCAGAAGGGAGAGCCAGCCGAACUCAGCGAAGUUGCAGCAACGGGAGGGGACCCCCCACCGAAUGGGAAAAACGGCAACAUCAUUGAAGGAGAUUUCAAAUCGGAUCAGAACCAAAAAGGGGGCAUAAAAACACUCCUUCGGAAACUAACUCGUUCGAGACAUCGGUCAAAAAAAAGAAAAAAAAAAAAGGACAUGUCACGAAAAGGUGAAGGACAAAAGGUGAACUUUUCGAGCCCGUCAAAAAGUAACAAAGUAGGAGAGGGAGAUAGUGGUGGAGAUUCCCACCCCGUCGUUCCCUCUACAAAGCUACCCCCCACUGGGGGGAACAACCAGCGAAGUAGGGAACGAAAAAUUCACAAACUGAAGAAAUUGGUUUCCACAAAAUCGAGUGUAUACAGCAAGGCAGCGGCGCCCCUCUUGGACUACAUCAAAUUGCUGAGGAAUCGGAAGAAGGGAAGUAGGGAAGACAGGCGAGGCAGAAUUUCUCUACACAAGACGGACGCAACAGUGGAAGAGGAAAAGAACAACAAAACGGAGACAGACAAUAUGAAGAACACAACGAGGAUCUCGACCCGCAUUGCGGCCCGGAUCGCAUCUAAAGCGGUUACUCAAACGGUUUACAAAACGACUGCCCAGACGGUUGCCGAAAUGGCUACCUCGACAGAACUGAAGUCGUACGAUUUGCAUCUCGUGCUUUCCUUUUCCAACCAACCGAACGAAGAGGAAAUUUUCACACGGCUGUUACAUAACGAGCUGAAAUAUACCGAUGUGUUAUACCUACGGAAUAUGUUGAAGCAAAAGGAAGAUGGAGAAAGGACCAUAGCAUCGUGCAACUGUGUAAUCGUGUCACAAAAAAAAUUACUCCUUUUGCAUGAGCAGAAUAAGAUGAUACAAAAUUAUGCCUAUAGAAAUUUAAAACUACAUGAACUGUUGCCAAAAAAUAAUGAGCACAUAAAACUGGUUGAUCAUCUCUCGUUAGCUAAUUGCUUGCCAGAUAUUUCCUUCUGCUUUUACAUGUCCCACGAGCUGAUGCAUACAUAUCUAUGGGUCUGCCAUUUAGACACAUCUGUGCACUUUGAGGAAAUACAAAAAAUUGUAAAGAAGCUCCACUCGAAAUCUUUUCAUGUAGGAAGUGAAAACAACCGUGGGGAUAAAUUCCACAAAAGUUUAGCUUAUUAUUUGUCACCUGCAUUGGAGGAGGCCCUGUGCGUGUUUGCGUCUGUUCAGUUUAUGCAUCACGUGCGGGAGGUCAACACAGGUGUGUGCGAAAGUGGACAUUCUUAUGAUCUGGGAGGUGAAAGUAUCCAUGAGCGUGAGGACGAGCUGAUAAACUACUACAUCAGAACAUGCGAACGGGGGGGAUCCCCCAUGUAUGGCAAAAACUAUCGAGAGCUAAAAAGAAUGAUGAAGAAUUAUACGCUGGUGGAUAUUCUGCAAAUCAUUGGCGACAUAAAGCACGCACGUUUUUACCCGGUGGUAACUCUGCGAUUACUGCGCGCUGUGAUUUCCUCUAUCCGUGUUGUAAGUUAA